CUUUCAGCCUGCAGGAUCAGAGGGAUCAAGGCUCACCUCAGGCCUUCCUAUUUGCCUGCUGUCCAGCUUAGAAGUCAGGCUCCCCAGCCCUCAGCCUGAGCCAUAGACGGGGCGGUGGGGGGCAGUGGGGGGACACUUAGAUGACCAGUGCUGAGCGUGGCCUAUAGGCUUCCUGCGAGGCCAGUGGGAGUGGGGUUCUCUGGGCUUAUCAGAGCUCACUUCCUGCUCUCUACCAAUCAGGAGCAAGAAGGAAGGGGACUUAGUUACUUUUGGCCUGGGCUGUGGCCCUAAGGGCAACCUUAGGCUGAUAUGUAUUGAAAGGACACGAGGGUAGUCCAGGGGUGAGGUGUCCAGGACUCUGUGUCCUGUCUCUAGUCUCUUCCCCUCCCCCCAAACCCUUGCAGAGCUCAUCAGGGACCAAGGUCCACCCAUAGCACUCGGGCAGUCCCCAUGGAACCCUCCCCUCCCCCAGUGCUCCCCAGAUUCCUAAGGCCCGGCCUAGUUACCUAGGCGACAAGUCCACUUAAGUAAAGAUGGGUAUCCUGCCCCGGGCUGAGCAGUCAUGGCCUCAAGAGUGAACGAUCAAAGCCAGGCUUCAAGGAAUGGACUCAAGGGGAAGGUGUUAACUCUGGAGACCAUGAACCCAUGUGUGCGGAGGGUGGAGUACGCGGUUCGAGGACCCAUAGUGCAGCGUGCCUUGGAGCUGGAGCAGGAGCUGCGGCAGGGAGUCAAGAAGCCCUUUACGGAAGUCAUCCAUGCCAACAUUGGGGAUGCACAGGCCAUGGGGCAGAGACCCAUUACCUUCUUCCGCCAGGUCCUGGCCCUCUGUGUCUACCCCAGUCUUCUGAGCAGCCCUGACUUCCCAGAUGAUGUCAAGAGAAGGGCAGAACGGAUCUUGAAGGCAUGCGGGGGUCACAGCCUGGGUGCCUAUACCAUUAGCUCUGGCAUCCAGAUGAUCCGGGAAGAUGUGGCACAGUACAUAGAGAGGCGAGAUGGAGGCAUCCCUGCAGACCCGAACAACAUAUUUCUGUCCACCGGGGCCAGCAACGCCAUCGUGACAGUGCUCAAGCUGCUGGUGGCCGGCGAAGGCCGUGCCCGCACGGGUGUGCUCAUUCCCAUUCCUCAGUACCCCCUGUACUCGGCUGCGCUGGCGGAGCUGGACGCCGUGCAAGUGGACUACUACCUGGACGAAGAGCGUGCCUGGGCUCUAGACAUCGCCGAGCUGCGGCGCGCUCUGUGCCAAGCACGUGACCGCUGCUGCCCUCGCGUACUGUGUGUCAUCAACCCUGGCAACCCCACCGGGCAGGUGCAGACCCGCGAGUGCGUCGAAGCCGUGAUCCGCUUUGCUUUCGAAGAGGGGCUCUUCCUGAUGGCUGAUGAGGUCUACCAGGACAAUGUGUACGCCGAGGGCUCUCAGUUCCAUUCAUUCAAGAAGGUGCUCACGGAGAUGGGGCCACCAUACGCGACUCAGCAGGAGCUCGCCUCUUUCCACUCGGUCUCUAAGGGCUACAUGGGCGAAUGCGGGUUCCGUGGUGGUUAUGUGGAGGUGGUGAACAUGGAUGCUGAAGUGCAGAAACAGAUGGCGAAACUGAUGAGCGUACGGCUGUGCCCACCAGUGGCGGGCCAGGCCCUGAUGGACAUGGUGGUCAGUCCGCCGGCACCCUCUGAUCCGUCCUUCAAGCAGUUUCAAGCAGAGAGGCAGGAGGUGCUGGCCGAGUUGGCAGCCAAGGCUAAACUCACGGAGCAGGUCUUCAACGAGGCUCCUGGAAUCCGCUGCAACCCAGUGCAGGGCGCCAUGUAUUCCUUCCCCCGAGUGCAGCUGCCUCCACGAGCAGUGCAGCGUGCUCAGGAACUGGGCCUGGCCCCUGACAUGUUCUUCUGCCUGCGUCUCCUGGAGGAGACCGGCAUCUGCGUGGUACCUGGGAGUGGCUUUGGCCAGCAGGAAGGCACUUAUCACUUCCGGAUGACCAUUCUGCCCCCCCUGGAGAAGCUGCGGCUGCUGCUGGAAAAACUGAGGCAUUUCCAUGCCAAGUUCACCCAAGAGUACUCCUGAAGCCGCUGCUGGGACCACACUGGACGGCCUCUGACUGAACAAACUGAGGGGCCUUGGGAGCUUCAGCAUUUGCUGCUUUUGCCUAGGGCCUGGGUACCUGUCCCUGCAGGUCCCUAAUAAAGCUGGGUGUCAGCCUGACUUGAA